AUGGUGCCGAAGGACGUUUAUGAAGAGCAGAUGCUGGUGAGCCGUGAGAGGAGAUGCAGAGAGCAUUCUAUCUGAGCGACUUGGACAUGCCUGAAAGAUGAUUUUACACAGGAUGGCAUGGGAGCUGUGCCAAGGGCAUGGCCACCACAAGGACUUUGUGCUCUCAGUCAAACAUGGUCGGUCAAAGUGACGAAAGCCUGUACCAGGAAGUUUUGUCAUUAGCUCACAACAGCUUGAUUUUGUGGAACUGGUUGUUCAAAACAGCAUUUGCCUACGCUCUCGAUAGGCUGUCUCUGUCUCACUCACACAUUAAAUCACUUGCAAUAAUAUGCCUAUAGGACCCUACAUUAACCACCAUUUCUCCCACUCUCUCCCCCAGACUUGAUCCACUGCACCAAUGAGAUGAACGUGAACAUCCCCCAGCUGGCAGACACAUUGUUUGAAAGGACUGCCAACACCAGCUGGGUGGUAGUCUUCAAGUCUCUCACCGCCACACACCACCUCAUGGUCUACGGCAACGAGGUGAGCAAAACCUGUCUGAAACUCCAUGGAGUAGGGUGAAGCUGCCCCUAGAUGCUGACCUUGGGUCAGUUGUGCAUUUUCCCCACUCAUGGUGAAGGUUAGGAUUGGGGGAGAGAGCUGAUCCUAGAUCUGUACCUGGGGAAACUUCACCCCGGAGCUCUGCAACUCCACACUCCCAGCAGAGCCAUAUACUGUACAGUAUAAUAGAUCUGACUCCCAGGUGAUCAGAGAGGCAUAUCAUGCAAAAUUCCAAAUCAACCCCUAGCCCUCCCAUCAUAAUGGUACCAAUGGCAGCCCAAUUCUGAUCUGUUGCCACAUAUAGUCCCAGUCGGUAUUAGAUAGAUAGAACGUAGUGGCCCUGCCCUCCUGUGGUGAAACAACCUGUGGUUACCUAGGUUUUCCCAUUGGCUCACAGCAAAAACGUCACCUUUUUCAAAUUCAAUUUUCUUGUUGUGUGCUUGUUUUAGUCAAUUACGAAAUAAGAAAAGUACAUGUCUAAAAAUUACUUUUCAACAUUUUCUGCUCCCGAACAUUCUCACUACUUAGUAAACCAUAAAAUUGUAGGGCUUCCCUCAUGCCCCUUUUCAGCCACGUGUGUGCUAGCUAGCCAAGACCAACAACAUAAACAAACAGACUAUAUAGCUACAAUUUAGUGAGUGCAGUUACAAACGGACUGUACUAAUCAAGUUAAAUGUCUUACCUGUGAUUAAAUGUUUUCCACACACAUAGCUACGUGGAGCCUACAUGGACACCGGGUACCCACAUUUCCCACUCUCCCAUGCCGAAUAGCCUGGAGUCACAGGUCGCUUCUCGCAGGCACUAUUUCCCUACACGGGAGCAUUGCGAACUGUAGGUUGGGAUAUUUGACCUGGUUACAUGUACAGUGAGGGGAAAAAAGUAUUUGAUCCCCUGCUGAUUUUGUAUGUUUGCCCACUAACAAAGACAUGUUCAGUCUAUAAUUUUAAUGGUAGGUUUAUUUGAACAGUGAGAGACAGAAUAACAACAAAAAAAUCCAGAAAAACGUAUGUCAAAAAUGUUAUAAAUUGAUUUGCAUUUUAAUGUGGGAAAUAAGUAUUUGACCCCUCUGCAAAACAUGACUUAGUACUUGGUGGCAAAACCCUUGUUGGCAAUCACAGAGGUCAGAUGUUUCUUGUAGUUGGCCACCAGGUUUACAAACAUCUCAGGAGGGAUUUUGUUCCACUCCUCUUUGCAGAUCUUCUCCAAGUCAUUAAGGUUUCGAGGCUGGCGUUUGGCAACUCGAACCUUCAGCUCCCUCCACAGAUUUUCUAUGGGAUUAAGGUCUGGAGACUGGCUAGGCCACUCCAGGACCUUAAUGUGCUUCUUCUUGAGCCACUCCUUUGUUGCCUUGGCCGUGUGUUUUGGGUCAUUGUCAUGCUGGAAUACCCAUCCACGACCCAUUUUCAAUGCCCUGGCUGAGGGAAGUAGUUUCUCACCCAAGAUUUGACGGUACAUGGCCCCGUCCAUCGUCCAUUUGAUGCGGUGAAGUUGUCCUCUCCCCUUAGCAGAAAAACACCCCCAAAGCAUAAUGUUUCCACCUCCCAUGUUUGACGGUGGGGAUGGUGUUCUUGGGGUCAUAGGCAGCAUUCCUCCUCCUCCCAACACGGCGAGUUGAGUUGAUGCCAAAGAGCUCGAUUUUCGUCUCAUCUGACCACAACACUUUCACCCAGUUCUCCUCUGAAUCAUUCAGAUGUUCAUUUGCAAACUUCAAACGGGCCUGCAUAUGUGCUUUCUUGAGCAGGGGGACCUUGCGGCGCUGCAGGAUUUCAGUCCUUCACGGCGUAGUGUGUUACCAAUUGUUUUCUUGGUGACUAUGGUCCCAGCUGCCUUGAGAUCGUUGACAAGAUCCUCCUGUGUAGUUCUGGGCUGAUUCCUCACCGUUCUCAUGAUCAUUGCAACUCCACGAGGUGAGAUCUUGCAUGGAGCCAGGCCGAGGGAGAUUGACAGUUCUUUUGUGUUUCUUCCAUUUGCUAAUAAUCGCACCAACUGUUGUCACCUUCUCACCAAACUGCUUGGCGACGGUCUUGCAGCCCAUUCCAGCCUUGUGUAGGUCUACAAUCUUGUCCCUGACAUCCUUGGAGAGCUCUUUGGUCUUGGCCAUGGUGGAGAGUUUGGAAUCUGAUUGAUUUGCUUCUGUGGACAGGUGUCUUUUUUAUACAGGUAACAAGCAGAGAUUAGGAGCACACUCUUAAAGGGAGUGCUCCUAAUCUCAGCUUGUUACCUGUAUAAAAGACACCUGGGAGCCAGAAAUCUUUCUGAUUGAGAGGGGGUCAAAUACUUAUUUCCCUUAUUAAAAUGCAAAUCAAUUUAUAACAUUUUUUGACAUGCGUUUUUCUGGAUUUUUUUGUUGUUAUUCUGUCUCUCACUGUUCAAAUAAACCUACCAUUAAAAUUAUAGACUGAUCAUUUCUUUGUCAGUGGGCAAACGUACAAAAUCAGCAGGGAAUCAAAUACUUUUUUCCCCCUCACUGUACAUUGAACACAGUAGCUUAUCAGCAUGUUUUGUUAUUUCUGUAUAACAAAAAAUUGACGAAGUUGGCUCUUUUAUAGUGGGGGUCAAUAGGAUAUAAAUUUGUUUUCACCAAUUUGUGGGUGUGGUCGAUGGGAAUUCCUUUAUUAUUAUUAUGUGAAUAUCGACUCGUGUUAUUGGUCUUUUCACCAAUUGAAUCAGAUCUUUUGCCAUUAAUUGGGCAAAGAAUCUGAAUUGGGCAGCCUGUGUGUAAACACGGUGUCGUGACGUGACUUACUUUAAUAUAUGACUGUUAUUUAUCGAAUCACCUAACUAUGUUUAAUUGUUACUUGACUAAAUGAAUCAUGUAACAAUUAACUCUUUAGGAAUUUGGGGCACCACGGAAGAAGUUGUUUAACGAGUUACCAUCUCCAGAAUUAAACUCUAGAAGAUAUGUUAUAUAUCGAUAAGUCACUUAUUAAAUAAUUACCUCUUAUCAGUCUCAUUCUGAACGUUGCAUAAUCCUUGAACCUGCAAGAACCCUAACCUUAUUGAUAAAUCAGCAAUACACAAAUUGGCUUAAUUAUUUAUUUAAUAACUAUCUCAUUAUGGUAUGUGGUGAAAUAAGUAUAGCCAGUUAUAAUUGUAAUGGCUUAGCAGAUAAUAACAAAAGAACAACAAUAUUUACAUGGCUCAAAGAAGGAAUAUAAUAUAUAUUGUUUACAGGAAACUCAUUCAACAAUUCUAGAUGAAGUUGUGUGGAAAAAGGAAUGGGGGGGCGAAAUAUACUUCUCCCAUGGGCAAAGAAACUCAAAAGGGGUGAUGAUAUUAACAGUAAUUUCCGAAUCUGCAAAUUGUCCAAACAGAUCCGCAAGGUAGGUGGAUUAUUUUUAAAUAUGUUAUUGGACCAUAAACAGAUAUGGCUCAUUAACCUUUACGGACCAAAUAAUGAUGAUCCACACUUUUUUGACAAUGUAUAUAAUAAAUUAUCAACCCUGCAAGCAAUACAAGACUCUAUUAUUAUGGUGGGAGAUUCUAAUACUGUUUUAAAUAGCUCAAUGGACCGUAAAGGAAAUCACACUACAAACUAUCACCCUCAUGCUCUUAAGGAAAUCGUGAAUGUCAUGGAUACAUUAGAACUAUAGAUGUAUGGAGGCUUAAAUAUCCUGAUCUAGUGAGAUAUCUACAUGGCGGAGACUCAAUCAAGCUAGUCGUCUUGACUUCUUUCUUAUGUCAUUCUCGUUGGCACCAAAAGUUAGUGUUGAUAGGGGACAAAAUGUGGUCGGACCAUCAUAAUUGGCAUAUACAUUACUCUUACUGAAUUUCCACGUGGGCGAGGAUAUUGGAAAUGUAAUCAAAGCCUAUUGGAUAAUAACUUGUUUUUAACUAGGACAGAGGAAUUUAUAACUGAUUUUUUCAGACAAAACAUAGGUACAGCAAAUCCCCUUAUUGUAUGGGAUGCUUUUAAAUGUGCCUUUUUAGAGGCCAUGCAAUUCAGUACUCAUCUCGAAAACAAAAGCAAUUUAGGUCAAAAGAGUCCACACUAACAAAGGAAAUAGAAGGUCUAACAAAACAGAUAGAUAGCAAUAAAAACUGUAACAUAGAGGCUCAGAAUAAAUUAGAGGAAAAACAAAAAGAAAUGGAGAAACUUAUUCAAGAAAGAUCAAGUGUAAUAUAUUAUAAAAAUAACGCAAACUGGAUGGAAUAUGGGGAAAAAUGCACCAAAUUCUUUUUUAAUCUUCAACAUAGAAAGGCUAUCAAAAAUAAUUUACAAAUGACAGUCACCCAUGAUUCACCAAAUUAUAUUUUGAAGGAGGAAGCAAAGUACUUUAAGCAUAUGUUUUCAUUUCAGUCGCCUCCAUCUCCUCUAACUGAAGCUUUUCUAUUGAUAAUGUAAAAUUAACAGCCAUACAGAAAGACACUCAUGUGAAGGUGAAAUUACAGAGGAGGAACUUCUGGAUGCAAUUAAGACUUUGUCCUGGAAAACUCCAGGGUUGGAUGGCAUACCAGUCGAGGUAUACCAAACCUUUUUUGAUAUACUCAGGACCGUUAUUAGCAUGUUUUAACCACUCCUAUGUAAAUGGUAGAUUAUCAGACACUCAAGAAGGUCUGAUUUCAUUAUUACUGAAACAAGAUACAAGUGGAUAAUAUAAUUGGAGGCCCCUUACACUUCAGUGUUGUGAUGCAAAAAUUCUAGCAAAAUGUAUAGCGCAUAGAAUUAAAAAAGGUAUUGUCGGACAUUAUUCAUUCUAAUCAGACAGGUUUUUUACAUGGACGAUACAUUGGAGAUAAUAUAAGGCAAGUACUGGAAACAAUAGAACACUAUGAAAAAUAUGGGAAACCAGGCCUGCUAUUCAUAGCAGACUUUGAAAAGGCAUUUGAUAAAGUACGACUGUGGUUUAUAUAUAAAUGCCUGGAGCAUUUCAAUUUUGGAGAAUCUCUUUAUAAAAUGGGGAAAAAUCAUUUAUAGUAAGCCUAGGUGUAAAAUAGUAAAUAAUGGCACUUUCUCCAAAUGUUUUCAACUGUCAAGAGGAGUGAAACAAGGUUGUCCACUAUCAGCAUAUCUAUGUAUUAUGGCCAUCGAGAUGUUAGCUAUUAAAAUCAGAUCCAACAAUAAUAUCAAGGGAUUAGAAAUCCAGGGCUUAAAAACAAAGGUGUCAUUGUACGCUGAUGAUUAAUGUGUUUAAAUCCACAACUUGAAUCCCUCCACAGCCUCAUAGAGGAUCUAGAUACAUUUUCUAACCCCUCUGGAUUACAACCAAAUUAUGAUUAAAUGUACUAUAUUACGUAAUGGAUCACUAUAAAAUAAAAAAUGUACAGUACCAUGUAGUUUACCAAUUAAAUGGUCUGAUGGUGAUGUGGAUAUACUCGGAAUACAUAUCCCAAAUGAAAUAAAUAAUCUCACUCCAAUAAAUUUUAAUAGAACGUUAGCAAAGAUCUUGCUACCAUGGAAAGGUAAAUACCUGUCAAUUUGUGGAAAAAUCACCCUGAUUAACUCUUUAGUAUUAUCCCAGUUUACCUAUUUGCUUAUGGUCUUGCCAUGCCUAGCGAACAGUUUUGAUAUUCAAUUUUAUUUGGAACGGCAAGCCAGACAAAAUUGAAUGGGGCUAUUUAUUUAAUGAAUAUGGAGGACAGAAAUGAUUAAAUAUUAAAGCAUUAGACCUAUCACUAAAAGCUUCAGUCAUACAAAAGUUAUACUUAAAUCCGAACUGGUUCUCUAGCAAAUUAGUAAGAUUCUCACCCAAUGUUCAAGAAUGGCCUUUUUCCCUUUAUUCAGAUUACAACCUCUCACUUUCAGUUAUUUGAAAAGUAAUCUCCCAAAUAUCACUAUUUCUAAAACAAGCCAUAGAAAGUUGGUUGCAAUUUCAAUGUAAUACUCCAGAAAUGACAGAACAAAUAAUGCAACAAAUAUUGUGGUAAAACUCAAAUAUACUAAUUGAUAAAAAUACCAUUAUUUUUAAAAAACAUUUUCAAAAAAUGUAUGAUCUUCGUAAAUUAUAUCAUAGGUAGGACUGGUGGAGUUAUGUCGCACAUGCAGCUAACAAAAACUUAUGGAAAUGUCUGCUCUACCCAAAAUUACAAACAAAUAAUUGCAGCAUUAUCGCAAAAAUGGAAGAGGAAAGUGGAAGGGGGAAAAAGUAAGGAACUUGUCUGCAUUAAAGAAAAUUGUGAUGAAUAAGAAAGUAUACCAGUUUCAUUUCAGGACCAAAGGAUUGACAGCCGUCCCAUAUACAGUUGAUGUCGGAAGUUUACAUACACUUAGGUUGGAGUCAUUUAAAACUCGUUUUUCAACCACAAAACUAUAGUUUUGGCAAGUCGGUUAGGACAUCUACUUUGUGCGUGACACAAGUAAUUUUUCCAACAAUUGUUAACAGACAGAUUAUUUCACUUAUCAUUCACUGUAUCACAAUAUCAGUGGGUCAGAAGUUGACUGUGCAUUUAAACAGCUUGGAAAAUUCCAGAAAAUUAUGUCAUGGCUUUAGAAGCUUCUGAUAGGCUAAUUGACAUAAUUUGGGUCAAUUGGAGGUAUACCUGUGGAUGUAUUUCAAGGCCUACCUUCAAACUCAGUGCCUCUUUGCUUGACAUCAUGGGAAAAUCAAAAUAAAUCAGUCAAGACCUCAGAAAAAGAAUUGUAGACCUCCACAAGUCUGGUUCAUCAUUUGGAGCAAUUUCCAAAUGCCUGAAGGUACCAGGUUCAUCUGUACAAACAGAUCCUGUCCUAUGUCGACAUAACCCGAAAGGCCGCUCAGCAAGGAAGAAGCCACUGCUGCAAAACCGCCAUAAAAAAGCCAGACUAUGGUUUGCCACUGCACAUGGGGACAAAGAUCCAACUUUUUUGACAAAUGUCCUCUGGUCUGAUGAAACAAAAAUAGAACUGUUUGGCCAUAAUGGCCAUCGUUAUGUUUGGAGGAAAAGGGGGGUGGGUUGCAAGCCAAAGAACACCAUCCCAACUGUGAUGCUGUGGGGGUGCUUUGCUGCUGGAGGGAUUGGUGCACUUCACAAAAUAGGUGGCAUCAUGAGGAAGGAAAAUUAUGUGGAUAUAUUGAAGCAACAUCUCAAGACAUCAGUCAGGAAGUUAAAGCUUGGUCGCAAAUGGGUCUUCCAAAUGGACAAUGACCCCAAGCAUACUUCCAAAGUUGUGGCAAAAUGGCUUAAGGACAACAAAGUCAAGGUAUUGGAGUGGCCAUCACAAAGUCCUGACCUCAUUCCUAUAGAAAAUGUGUGGGCAGAACUGAAAAUGCAUGUGCGAGCAAGGAGGUCUAAAAACCUGACUCAGUUACACCAGCUCUGUCAGGAGGAAUGGGCCAAAAUUUACCCAACUUAUUGUGGGAAGCUUGUGGAAGGCUACCCGAAACGUUUGACCCAAGUUAAACAAUUUAAAGGCAAUGCUACCAAAUGCUAAUUGAGUGUAUGUAAACUUCUGACCCACUGUGAAUGUGAUGAAAGAAAUAAAAGCUGAAAUAAAAAAUUCUCUCUACUAUUAUUCUGACAUUUCACAUUCUUAAAAUAAAGUGGUGAUCCUAACAGACCUAAGACAGGGGAUUUUUACUAGGAUUAAAUGUUAGCCAAAUACAUUUAAAAACUCAGUUUUUCACAAUUCCUAAGGUGUAUAUAAUAUAAACUUCUGACUUCACUGUAGAUUGCAAAAUAGAUGGGAAGAGAUUUUUGAUGUACCGAUUCCAUGGCAUAGUGUUGAUGAAUUUACGCAAAACGACGCCGGAUUAAAAACUUAUUAUACAAAAUUCUUGCUACCAAUAGAAUGUUAUUUAUAUGGGGGAUACAAUCUUCCCAGCUCUGCAGAUUUUGCUGCAAAAAUACAAUCAUUAGAUCAUUUGUUUUGGUACUGUCCAUUUGUAGCUUGUUUUUGGACACAGGUCUUUGUCUCCCGAGUGGCGCAGUGGUCUAAGGCACUGCAUCGCAGUGCUAGCUGUGCCACUAGAGAUCCUGGUUCGAAUCCAGGCUCUGUCGUAGCUUGCCGCGACCGGGAGACCCAUGGGGCGGCGCACAAUUGGCCCAGCGUCGUCCAGGGUAGGGGAGGGAAUGGUCGGCAGGGAUGUAGCUCAGUUGGUAGAGCAUGGCGUUUGCAACGACAGGGUUGUGGGUUCGAUUCCCACAGGGGGUUGGAAAAAAUAAAUAAUGUAUGCAUUCACUAACUGUAAGUCGCUCUGGAUAAGAGCGUCUGCUAAAAUGACUAAAAUGUAAAAUAUCCAGGAAUGGCUAAAGGAUUGCAAUAUUUACCUGGAGCUAACCCUGCAGAUAGCACUACUGGGUGAUCUGAAAAGUCAUAGUCAAUCGAUCAAUAAUAUAAUAAUGUUUUUAGCAAAAAUGUUUAUUUUCAAUUUACAAUCUGUAGAAACAAUGAUAAUAGAAGGGUUCAGAACUUUUUUUAAACAUCACAGUACAGUUGAAAAAUAUAUGGCAAAUACAAAUCCAAUAUGGAUGGUGUUAAGCGAUAGAUGGGUGGUGUUAAAUGGAGUUGAAGGAUGGGACUAAUAACUAUCAACAGCUAAUAACAACAAGAUCACUAAUGUAAAGCAUGCUGUGUCCAUAAUAAGUAUAUAGGUUAUACGUUGAGAGCUUUUGUGAAAGAACACAGUUAGAAAGAUAUGGCAUAUAGAAGCAAACCGGAUGGACAUCAUGAAAAUGAUCGGAGGGGUUGAGAGUAGAGAAAGUUCAGGAGUAAAAACAAAUAAUAGAAUGAUUGUAAAAUUGACUGUGUCCAUAAAAUGUGUAUAUAGUAUGUAUAAGCUGGAAGUAGAGGCCUAACCAUUGUUGUUUACUCCAAUUAGGGAAGGGGUGGUGUGGGUUAGAAAGUAAUAAAGGGUAAUAAAAUAUAUAUAUAUAUAUAUUAUUAUUUUUUUUAAGGAUACGUGUGUAUAUUUAUGUGUGCAUGCAAGGGGGGGAAAAAAACGUAGGAUUGGAAGUGAUGCAGACAAUUCCAUUGAUGGAAGUUACAAUCUGAUCUACCCCCUAAAAAAACUAAAAAAAAACAACUAAAUAAUAACACAAUAUACACACACACACACACACACACACACACACACACACACACACACACACACAGGUUAUUGAUGACUAACAUAAUACAAUGAAGACAGGUCCCUAGUGGACUGGACUAACAAUCGCAUGAAUGCUUGGGUAGAAGGAGGGUCAGAGUGGAAGGGAGAGACAGAGAUUCAAACUAUCGUGGUUACUUUGGAAACUACGCUCACGUAAAUAUAAAUGCUUAAAACUCCACUAAACGCUCAUUUGGAUUAGAAAUGCAACCUGUAUUUACGUGUAGCUGUCCUCGAUAGUUGAGUUGAUGAUGUAGGACUCUGGUUUGUCCACCAGAGAUCCCAGUGUCCUUAGUAGAGGUUCUGGUCGUAGUGGUGGUUAGAAUGGAUACUUUCAGAUGUACCAGCGGUUGUCGGAGAGGGAUUGUCCUUCCCAACUCGUGUCUUUAGUGAAAGUUCUCUAAACGACUAUUCAUGCCAGCUGCAGACAGAUUAUAAGGUCUAGUUCAAUGUCAAAUCAAAUUUUAUUGGUCACAUGCGCCGAAUACAACAGGUGCAGACAUUACAGUGAAAUGCUUACUUACAGCCCUUAACCAACAGUGCAUUUAUUUUUAACAAAAAAAGUAAAAAUAAAACAACAACAAAAAAAGUGUUGAGAAAAAAAAGAGCAGAAGUAAAAUAAAAUAACAGUAGGGAGGCUAUAUAUACAGGGGGGUACCGUUGCAGAGUCAAUUUGCGGGGGCACCGGCUAGUUGAGGUACAUGUGGGUAGAGUUAAAGUGACUAUGCAUAAAUAAUUAACAGAGUAGCAGCAGCGUAAAAAGGAUGGGGUGGGGGGGCAGUGCAAAUAGUCCGGGUAGCCAUGAUUAGCUGUUCAGGAGUCUUAUGGCUUGGGGGUAGAAGCUGGGACCUAGACUUGGCACUCCGGUACCGCUUGCCGUGCGGUAGCAGGGAGAACAGUCUAUGACUAGGGUGGCUGGAGUCUUUGACAAUUUUGAGGGCCUUCCUCUAACACCGCCUGGUAUAGAGGUCCUGGAUGGCAGGAAGCUUGGCCCCAGUGAUGUACUGGGCCGUACGCACUACCCUCUGUAGUGCCUUGCGGUCGGAGGCCAAGCAGUUGCCAUACCAGGCGGUGAUGCAACCAGUCAGGAUGCUCUCGAUGGUGCAGUUGUAGAAUUUUUUGAGGAUCUGAGGACCCAUGCCAAAUCUUUUCAGUCUCCUGAGGGGGAAUAGGCUUUGUCGUGCCCUCUUCACAACUGUCUUGGUGUGUUUGGACCAUGAUAGUUUGUUGGUGAUGUGGACACCAAGGAACUUGAAGCUCUCAACCUGUUCCACUACAGCCCCGUCGAUGAGAAUGGGGGCGUGCUCAGUCCUCUUUUUUUUCCCUGUAGUCCACAAUCAUCUCCUUUGUCUUGGUCACGUUGAGGGAGAGGUUGUUGUCCUGGCACCACACGGCCAGGUCUCUGACCUCCUCCCUAUAGGCUGUCUCAUCGUUGUCGGUGAUCAGGCCUACCACUGUUGUGUCGUCGGCAAACUUAAUGAUGGUGUUGGAGUCGUGCCUGGCCAUGCAGUCAUGGGUGAACAGAGAGUACAGGAGGGGACUGAGCACGCACCCCUGAGGGGCCCCCGUGUUGAGGAUCAGUGUGGCAGAUGUGUUGUUACCUACCCUUACCACCUGGGGGCGGCCCGUCAGGAAGUCCAGGAUCCAGUUGCAGAGGGAGGUGUUUAGUCCCAGGAUCCUUAGCUUAGUGAUGAGCUUAGAGGGCACUAUGGUGUUGAAUGCUGAGCUGUAGUCAAUGAAUAGCAUUCUCACGUAGGUGUUCCUCUUGUCCAGGUGGGAAAGGGCAGUGUGGAGUGCAAUAGAGAUUGCAUCAUCUGUGGAUCUGUUGGGGCGGUAUGCAAAUUGGAGUCUUCUUCUUCACCUCGUUGAGAGUUUCAGAGUUUCUCCAUUUCAAACGUGUGGACUCACGUUUUCUGGUCUAACCAUUUUGUAACGUGUAACUUCAGCUUCAUGCUUCCUGGUCUGGUAGAAAUUCAACCAUUUGCAACAUCCAGCUUAUACUGUAAUCUGCUUGGUCUUCCUUUGGUAAUGGAGUUGUAGUUUUAAACCAUUUUGUAACGUUUAGCUCACGCUUCACGUCUGCUGGUCUAAUGUUAAUUUGUUUUUCAAGGCUUUUUAUGCACUCUAGGUAAAAGGGGCAUUCCAUCAUGUUUGUGCUCAUCUGGGUGUGGCCACUGACUGAGAACAAAUCAAUAUGGAAAACAAUCAUCUCAUCUAGAAUGCUAAAAUCACAUUGUUAUCUUCACAAAAGUAUUAUUAUACUUAAUCAUUCAUUUUAUACCACAAUUAGAUGCAAACCUUAUAACUGGGAAGUGUACACCCCCAGAGAUACAGUUAUGUUGUUCCACCAUCUUUAAUGACAUCACAACAUGGUAACAAAUUUGACAUGAUUGUUCUUUUAGUCGCCAACCAUUUCCCACAUUCUUUGAAGAAUGAAUUGUUUCAUUUUCCACUUUUGGAUGUUGGAGUUUUGGCGGGAAGAAUGUCUGUGUUAACAAAGUUGUCCUUUUUCCCAAUACUUCAUGGCAAGGAAGAGAGAGCGCGGUAUUUACAUAAAACUGGCCCCCAGGAAAGGGGGUGUUCAAACCUUUGCCUAGCCGGCAUCUUUGAUCCUCAGCCCAUGAGGGCAAGUCAUGACAACAGCCUAAUAGUGGUGUUGAGUUAAGGUAUUUUGAAAUCCAUUUUAACACUGGUUGUUUUGAAGUGAAGCCGUAUCUAGUGACAGAGUUGUGUAAUUUAACAUACUUCUUUUGGGGGACUCCCGAGCGGUCUAAGGCACUGCAGUGCUUGCGGCGUCAUUACAGAUCUGGGUCGAUCCCAGGCUGUGUCGCAGCCGGCCUCGACUGGGAGACCCAUGAGGUGACGCACAAUUGGCCCAGCAUCGUCCGGGUUAGGGGAGGGUUUGGCCGGCCGGGAUGUCCUUGUCCCAUCGCGGUCUAGCGACUCCUGUGGAGGGCCGGGCGCAUGCACGCUGACACGGUCGCCAGUUGUACGGUGUUUCCUCUGACACAUUGGUGCCGCUGGCUUCCGGGUUAAGUGAGCAGUGUGUCAAGAAGCAGUGUGGCUUGGCAGGGUCGUGUUUCGGAGGACGCAUGGCUCUCGACCUUCGCCUCUCCCAAGUCCGUACGGGAGUUAUAGCGAUGGGACAAGACUGUAACUACCAAUUUGGAUAUCAUAAAACAAAUAAUAAUACUUAUUAUUUUGAGAAGGUGCUCUUAUGUAACAUUGCUAUGCAUUUUCAAUUGCUGUUGGUGAAUGCAAUUAUUGACUAUGAGUUCCUUUCGUAUUACAGAAAGUUUUCACAACUGUUUCUGUGUUGCAGAGAUUUAUACAGUACCUGGCUUCAAGGAAUACGCUUUUUAACCUCAGUAACUUUUUGGACAAAAGUGGCCUACAAGGUGAGUGAAGUCAGCUCUGAAGCACUCUCUGUAUUUUAUCACAGGUUCAGUAUGGUCUACACUGUAUGAGCUGAAAUGCUCCAGUAUCUUAAGGCCUAUUCUCUCAGGGCACUCAACAGGGCCGUGUUCAGCAGGGCACAAUGUCGUUGAACGUUCAGAUAGGCAUGCUUGUUCUAGAAAAAAUAUUUAUAUCUGACAUGUAGAAUAAGGAAUCACGUCAGCUCUAUUCAAGAACUGCAACGUUCCAUAACUUUUGCCUACUAAACGUGUUUGUGUGUGUGUGUGUGUGCGACAACAGGCAAGACUGAGAGUGGAGAACUGUUCUUUUAAACGGUCCUGCCCUUUUCCCCUCCGCUCUAUUCCCAAUGGAAUGGUUAAGGCAUAAUGGCAGACACUCCACUCAUAUCAUGCGCAGCAGAAUUUAUUUACUCAAGGUUGUUUCCCAUGUUAACAAGAUGCCUGGCAGCCCAGACCAGUGGGACUUUCAAGUGGGAGUAUAAUGGUAGAGUAAACAUCCCUAAUCAUAAUAACCCACAUUCCUUUAGUCAUGUUGUGUUACUUAUAAAUGAGGGUAAUAGGGAGCUGUCAGUUUGUUUAAGGAUGGUGACUUGAUUGAGGUUGGGGAGUAUAGCACUCAUGACAGAAAUCCACGAUGGUGAGCUGUCGAAGACGGCCUGUUGAGCAUUUACUUUAGAAGAAAAUACGGGGCGGACCAUAUUCAUGAUACAGACAGUAUUUAUGAUAGUUCAUGAUCAUUGUCAUCAAUCAAUCAAAUGUAUUUAUAAAGCCCUUUUUACAACAGCAGAUGUCACAAAGUGCUAUACAGAAACCCAGCCUAAAACCCCAAACCGCAAGCAAUGCAGAUGUUGGAAGUAAGGUUGUCACAAUACUCAGUAUUGAAGAAAUCAGUAAACUAAGUACAAUCGCUUGGAAAAUAAACGUGACAGCCUUGAGUCCCAUCCGGGUUUUUUUCAAGCUAUUGCGCACAAUAGUUAAAGGACCAGACAAUUCAGUUAGUUUUAUUUGUUUCCAUGGUAGGCUUUCACGAGUAUCAUGAUAGUAUGACAUUGGUAUCACGGCAACACUGGAACACACACUUGAAGUGUCCUAAAGUCUGCCUGUGUCUUUUGUCUCACGGCAUGUGGCACAUACCAGUAACUGCCAAAAUAAAGGAAACACUUGAGUAAAUGAGGGACACAAAGUAUAUUGAAAGCAGGUGCUUCCACAUAGGUGUGGUUCCUGAGCAAUUCCUAAGCAAUUAACAUCCCAUCAUGCUUAGGGUCAUACAUAAAAAUGCAGUUACCCAUUAUUUUUUGCUACAAUGGCUAUCCCCCCAUGGGAUGACAAUGCCCCAUCAACAGGGAACGAGUUGUCACUGAAUGGUUUGAUGAGCAUGAAAACGAUGUAAACCAUAUGCCAUGGCCGUCUCAGUCACCAGAUCUCAACCCAAUUGAACACUGAUGGGAGGUUCUGGAGUGGCGCCUGAGACAGCGUUUUCCACCACCAUCAACAAAACAGCAAAUUAUGGAAUUUGUCGUGGAAGAAUGAUGUUGCAUCCCUCCAGUAGAGUUCGACACUUGUAGAAAGUAUGGUAAGGCACAUUGGAGCUGUUCUGGCUCGUGGUGGCCCAACGUCCUAUUAAGACACUUUAUGUUGGUGUUUCUUUUAUUUUGGCAGUUACCUGUAUAUCCACCAAAAAACUCUGAAGUAGUCUUCAUUUCCAAAAUGAAUGGAAAGAAUGUGCCUCCGCUUAUUGUAUCUCUUAGUUCCCCAAAUAAACAGCUAAGAGUAUAGGCUAGUUGUUUGAAAAGGUGAUUACGUGGCAGUUCUAUAGUGAGAUGUGUGUCACGAUCAAGAUGCACCUGAUGCUAAAACAUUUAUUCCCCUAUUGUCUUUUUCAGGCUAUGACAUGUCAACGUUCAUAAGGAGGUAUAGUCGCUACCUGAACGAGAAGGCUGUGUCGUAUCGACAAGUCGCUUUUGACUUCACCAAAGUUAAACGAGGGUAAGGACUUUAAUUCUCUGUUCACACGUUUUCUUAUAGCAUCCGGCUCAGGUCUACCUAGCCUCUUCUAUAUUGUAUACACACUGUACAGUCGACUCCUGAGAAGUGCAUUUUGGAUAUAUUUUUUGGCAUAUUGCUUAUUCCUGCAUGAAGUGUAUAUGGUGUAGGUGUUGAUUUGGGAUUGGGCAUCUGAGUAAGUGUAGUGUAGUUCACCAAACCUAAUCCAAAUGCAUUAUUUUAAAUUGCAUGCUUUAUGACAUUCAUGACAGUCCAAAGCCAUUAGUAUUGGGCCCUUAAUAAUUGGAAUAUUAUCAUUCCCCAAGGGCGGAUGGCGUUAUGAGAACCAUGAACACCGAGAAGUUACUGAAGACCCUACCCAUUAUCCAAAACCAAAUGGAUGCGCUACUUGAUUUCAAUGUGAGUUUCAAUGCUUGACAUUUUGCACGUUGUAACUUGUUGUACUGCUAUGGCCUGAACAAAACGCUCCAGGUCUCGAAUGUAACAGUAUUGCAAAAAAACAGUUGGCGAAUGAGUAGCUCUGUCGUGUGGAUUGGGAGUUAGCUCUGUGAGUCAGACCAAUGAGAAUGCUUGAUGGGUUGACUGUCAAUUCAAUUGGUCUGCUUUGGAUCCCCCCUCCAUCUCCAGGUCAACGCCAAUGAGCUCACCAACGGAGUGAUCAACGCAGCCUUCAUGCUUCUGUUCAAAGAUGCCAUUCGACUGUUUGCGGCCUACAACGAAGGCAUUAUUAACCUGUUGGGUAAGUACUUCCGCCUUCCGGCUCUCAAGAGCCUCUGGCAUGCCAAAACCAAGUCAUUAUUUCCGUAUCAUUGUUACCAUGGAGCGGCACUGAUGCAGAGACAUCUUUGCACCCUGUCGUUCUGGGUUAAUACUGUAUCACUGGCCUCAAAUGUUUGCUACCACUCACUAUCAGCCUGCUCCUCGCUAUCAGGUUGACUUAACGAGGGCCGUUAAAGGACCGUGUUCUGCUACUACUCUGCUUUGUUUUAGUGAUCUAGGUUUGCUAGGUGACAUACAGUAGGAUGGUUGAAUUGCCUUUUUAACUCGGCCAUUCUAUUUAAUGUCUGAAACACAUUGGGGAAGAAAUCUAGUUUCCAAUUCUUCGAAUUCUAAAUAAAUGAGUGUCCUGAAAUUGAGCCCGAUGCUGGUGGAGAGACUGGUCUUGUACACAGCCUGUAUUCAACUACACUGCAUAUCUGUUUGCACAUGUAGUUCAGUGCACGAGUUGGAAAUUAAAAUGUAUAAGGUUGGAAAUAAAUAUUCCAGUAUACUAACAUUCUUGUAUGUCUCCACAAUAUAUUUGGAUAUUAGAAUGGAGUUAGAGAGUUGCACUUGGCUCCUAGACUUGGCUAGAAACCUUAUGCAGCUAUUUGAUAUAUCUCUGGUCAUUACAUACAGUGGGGAAAAAAAGUAUUUAGUCAGCCACCAAUUGUGCAAGUUCUCCCACAUAAAAAGAUGAGAGAGGCCUGUAAUUUUCAUCAUAGGUACACAUCAACUAUGACAGACAAAAUGAGAAAAGAAAAUCCAGAAAAUCACAUUGUAGGAUUUUUAAUGAAUUUAUUUGCAAAUUAUGGUGGAAAAUAAGUAUUUGGUCAAUAACAAAAGUUUCUCAAUACUUUGUUAUAUACCCUUUGUUGGCAAUGACACAGGUCAAACGUUUUCUGUAAGUCUUCACAAGGUUUUCACACACUGUUGCUGGUAUUUUGGCCCAUUCCUCCAUGCAGAUCUCCUCUAGAGCAUCGAUGUUUUGGGGCUGUCGCUGGGCAACACAGACUUUCAACUCCCUCCAAAGAUUUUCUAUGGGGUUGAGAUCUGGAGACUGGCUAGGCCACUCCAGGACCUUGAAAUGCUUCUUACGAAGCCACUCCUUCGUUGCCCGGGCGGUGUGUUUGGGAUCAUUGUCAUGCUGAAAGACCCAGCCACGUUUCAUCUUCAAUGCCCUUGCUGAUGGAAGGAGGUUUUCACUCAAAAUCUCACGAUACAUGGCCCCAUUCAUUCUUUCCUUUACACGGAUCAGUCGUCCUGGUCCCUUUGCAGAAAAACAGCCCCAAAGCAUGAUGUUUCCACCCCCAUGCUUCACAGUAGGUAUGGUGUUCUUUGGAUGCAACUCAGCAUUCUUUGUCCUCCAAACACGACGAGUUGAGUUUUUACCAAAAAGUUCUAUUUUGGUUUCAUCUGACCAUAUGACAUUCUCCCAAUCCUCUUCUGGAUCAUCCAAAUGCACUCUAGCAAACUUCAGACGGGCCUGGACAUGUACUGGCUUAAGCAGGGGGACACGUCUGGCACUGCAGGAUUUGAGUCCCUGGCGGCGUAGUGUGUUACUGAUGGUAGGCUUUGUUACUUUGGUCCCAGCUCUCUGCAGGUCAUUCACUAGGUCCCCCCGUGUGGUUCUGGGAUUUUUGCUCACCGUUCUUGUGAUCAUUUUGACCCCACGGGGUGAGAUCUUGCGUGGAGCCCCAGAUCGAGGGAGAUUAUCAGUGGUCUUCCAUUUCCUAAUAAUUGCUCCCACAGUUGAUUUAUUCAAACCAAGCUGCUUACCUAUUGCAGAUUCAGUCUUCCCAGCCUGGUGCAGGUCUACAAUUUUGUUUCUGGUGUCCUUUGACAGCUCUUUGGUCUUGGCCAUAGUGGAGUUUGGAGUGUGACUGUUUGAGGUUGUGGACAGGUGUCUUUUAUACUGAUAACAAGUUCAAACAGGUGCCAUUAAUACAGGUAACGAGUGGAGGACAGAGGAGCGUCUUAAAGAAGAAGUUACAGGUCUGUGAGAGCCAGAAAUCUUGCUUGUUUGUAGGUGACCAAAUACUUAUUUUCCACCAUAAUUUGCAAAUAAAUUCAUUAAAAAUCCUACAAUGGGAUUUUCUGGAUUUUUUUUCCUCAAUUUGUCUGUCAUAGUUGACGUGUACCUAUGAUGAAAAUUACAGGCCUCUCUCAUCUUUUUAAGUGGGAGAACUUGCACAAUUGGUGGCUGACUAAAUACUUUUUUUCCCCACUGUACAUGUCAAGGCUGUAUUCUCUGCUAUGAGGAUGGAUCCCUCUCACUCAGGUGAGAGCCUUGUUCCUUUUGGUGGACUGAGCAGGCCUGUGGGGGGUGGAGGAGCAAAUUGGAUAUGAGCAAACAUCAGUGGGAGUUUUACAAGCUAGUGAGACAUGUUUAGGAUUCAUGCACCCCUCUGGAGAGUUUGUAUACUUCCUGCAGACAUCCAUAUUUAAGGGCCGAUUUUCUGAUUGGAGAAAGCUUUUACUUAUAGAAUUAUACUAUGGAAAAUUCAACACCUCCCCCAUUGAUUUGUAAAGGCAGUUUGAUAGUUUAUCCUGAUUUGAUAAAAUGUAAGUUAUACCUAAGUUUUAUCACUUCUAUUUUGCUGAAGUUCCAGUGCUUCAUUAUCAUUUUCCUCUUUUCACUUCACAGAGAAGUACUUUGACAUGAAGAAAAGUCAAUGCAAAGAGGGCCUUGACAUCUACAAGAAAUUCCUCACUAGAAUGACAAGAAUCUCUGAAUUUCUAAAAGUAGCGGCGGUAAGAUCCCACCUUGCAAACUUCUGUGUGAUCAGAUUUUAUUUAAUUUUUUACUCCUACAUUCACCUCCAUGUUAUCUUGACCCUCCUCUCUCCUUCCUUGCAGCAAGUAGGGAUUGAUCGAGGGGACAUCCCAGACCUCUCCCAGGUAAGACCUCGUGCUAUCUAUCGCUUUCAUAUCUCCAUGGCCCGACAGUGCAGCGGGUCUGAGAUGGAGCCCUGCUGAACCCCUCAGCUUGACUUUAUUUCAACACCCCUCUGUGCUGGCUUCCGGCCUCUCUCACCACCCUGCCACCUCCUGCAGUUUCAGACCUCCCAAAUGGUUACUUCUGUACAGCUCUAGCUAUCCCACACUGCAUGUGGCCCCCUCCUAGAGGAAACGCCAGACUUGGGCCCAGUCCAAAUACUUUCAAAAUGCUUAUUUCCUUCCUUCAAGUAAUCAAAUCACAGAUCUGAUUUGGUUGGAUUGGUGAGAGCAAUAGGUUGAAAACCUCUCAUCUUUGCAAUCACUUCUAGAUCUGUGAUCAAGGAAGGAAGGGUGCACUUUAUUUGCAUUCGAACAAGGACUCACCUGACCUUGCAUGGCAUACAGCACAUAAAGGUGUUGACAUCGACCUUUGUCAAGGCGUUCACCGAGUAGGCUAGAGCCGAGAUGGAAGGAGUACCCUGUAUGCUAUUAUACUGUUCCAUGUCACCUUUCAAGAAGGGCCACAUGUUGUGUGGGGUUAGCUACAUCUCUCGCUUACAUAUCCAGUCUUAGAAUAAAAGGGUUUUUACUUUUGUUAUGACCAUGUUCAGAUGGUGCUUUAGCAAGACAAACAGUAUUUUACAAGGUCAAUCAAUUUGUGAUUUGUUUUUUAUUAGGACUGUUUUGGAUUUAAAUAGAUGCCUUUAGCUAGUACCUUUCUCCCAAAACCUCUCUUUUUAUCAUCUCUGACAAUUACCACCUUUAUAUUCUGUAUUUUUCCUUAACUUUCCAUCUUUAGAUUCCAGGUUUUGUAAGUAUGUGUAUCCCACUCUUUUUAAGUGUUUGUAAGGGUAGUACGUUUUCUCUUUGUGUGCAUUGUAAAAUACCUAGGCAUGCUUACUGUUUGUGUUUCCAUCUGCUAUUACCCCUUUGUGAUGACAUUUCCCCCCCCAACAUUUGAACUCACUAUUUGUUUCCAUUGUAAUAGGCCCCCAGUAGCCUCUUAGAUGCCUUGGAGCAGCAUUUGGCUUCUUUAGAAGGGAAGAAGGUGAAAGCUUCCACAGCAGCCAGCAGGUACUGUCAUUUCCCCUUCCAUUUACUCACUGCCUAUCCAAUGUAGUCCAGUCAGACAAAGCCUCUUUGCUCAGGUACCAGAUUUAGCAAGUGGGUGUGAGUUGGAUGUGAAGUGUUUGUCGUUGGGCAGCAAUCUCAACAAUAUAUUUUUGUACUGCGGUCCAAAGUAUGCCUUUUCCUUUCUGUGUGUUCUUCCAGUUGUUUCAGAGAAAAUAUUGACGAAUGCUCCGGGAGCUACAGUUGCAGUGUUUUUACCCUCAAUUUAUGCAAGUCCUAUAUAGUUAAUAAAGACCUACUUGUCUGUGGCUAAUGCCAGGUGCAUUUGAUUUUGUUUCCUUUUUGUGUCUUUUGAAUGUACUAUAAUUAUGUGCACUGACCAUCAGUGCUCAUUCAGGUUUUCUGUUUAGAGUGGGAAAGGUGUGUUAUAAAUGAUCCCUGUCGAGCAGAAAUCCUUUCUAUUUUAUACCAACCUCCUGUUACUCUUGUAGCCCGUAUCUAUCAAAGUGCAGUUGUAAAAAUAUGUGCCAAUUUCUUUCACUGAGCUUGCAGAACAGCACAGCACUUUUGACAAUGGCCAGUAAACAGUUUUCCCAUAGCCCCCACUAACUGACCUCUCUCUCUCUCUCUUCCUAUGUUUCUGUCUAUCCAGGGCUAGCACUCUCUCCAACGCUGUCUCCUCUCUGGCCAACACGGGCAUAUCUUUCACCAAAGUGGACGAGAGGGAAAAGCAGGCAGCUCUGGAGGAAGAGCAGGCUCGCCUAAAAGCGCUGAAGGUACAUUUUCCUUCCAGUGUGCUCCUCUCGCUCUCUGUCUCUCUGUGUGUCUCUGUCUCUCUCUGUGUCUCUCUGUCUCUCUGUCUCUCUGUCUCUCUGUCUCUCUCUCUCUCUCUCUCUCUCUCUCUCUCUCUCUCUCUCUCUCUCUCUCUCUCUCGCUCUGCUCUCGCUCUCUCGCUCUCUCGCUCUCUCGCUCUCUCGCUCUCUCUCACACUCUUGCUCUCCCCCUCCAACUAUCCUCUUGGCUUAUUGCCCUACUGGGUUUAAUCUGUGCUGACUGGUCAGCAGCAUGUGUAGAACAUUCAGUGAUAAUGAACAAAAAUUAAACGAUUUUCUGCCUUUGGGGGGAAAAUGUCAAUGUCGAGGGAGUUGCAGUCUAACAUGUUCUUGAGCAGUAUUCACACUACAGCGAUUAAAUCUUCAAUGAUAUUUUUGGUCUCAUUUUAAUCUAAAUUAAUGCUGUGGUAAGCAACCAAGCAUCGAGCCAGAGGUCAUCCAAAGAAGGGAUCUUUUUUUAGCUAACAAGUCACAGACUCCCCACCACCUCUGUUAAAUUGAGUAAAAAGUUCAGUAAAAAUACAUGCUCUCAGAAAAUGUUAGCUGGCCAGUGUACUGUAGGUAGGCCCGGGUGUUUGGUAUUGUUGAAUUUGGCCUGUUCCACCUAGGAGCAGCGUCUGAAGGAACUCCAGAACGGUAAUUCUUCCUAUGCCACCACGGCUGCCUCCCCUGUGUCCACUGACGGAGGGACCAUCAACACAGCACCGGCCAUUGACCUUUUCUCCACACCCAGCUCCACAAACAGGUGAGCACACCCUUUCUCACCUAGGCCUUACCCAUAUCACUCCCCCACUGAGUUUGCCAAAAAGCUAGGUUACAUGUAUAGUGCCCAGGCACUGAUCAUAACUCUUUGUGGUGUUUAUGGUUGUGCCCUAUAUAGUACACUACCUUUGACCAGAGCCCUAUGAGCCUUGGUGAGAAGUAGUGCAGUACAUAUGGAAUAGGGUGCCAGUUGUUUCAGAUCUUUUGAGGGGGCAUUAAUAAUGACGUAGUGUUUGGGGUUGUUGAAGCCAGACUAGACAGUCGAUGCCAUGUAACCAUAGAGCCAAAGACUCCAUUGCUAUUAAUAGGCCUGCUCAUCUAUUACAUUUACAUUUUUUACAUUUACGUCAUUUAGCAGACGCUCUUAUCCAGAGCGACUUACAAAUUGGUGCAUUCACCCUAUAGCCAGUGGGUUAGCCACUUUACAAUUUUUUUUUUUUUUUUUAUUAAGGGGGGGGGGUAGAAGGAUUACUUUAUCCUAUCCCAGGUAUUCCUUAAAGAGGUGGGGUUUCAAAUGUCUCCGGAAGGUGGUGAGUGACUCCGCUGUCCUGGCGUCGUGAGGGAGCUUGUUCCACCAUUGGGGUGCCAGAGCAGCGAACAGUUUUGACUGGGCUGAGCGGGAACUAUGCUUCCGCAGAGGAAGGGGAGCCAGCAGGCCAGAGGUGGAUGAACGCAAUGCCCUUGUUUGGGUGUAGGGACUGAUCAGAGCCUGAAGGUACAGAGGUGCCAUUCCCCUCACAGCUCCAUAGGCAAGCACCAUGGUCUUGUAACAGAUGCGAGCUUCAACUGGAAGCCAGUGGAGUGUGCGGAGGAGCGGGGUGACGUGAGAGAACUUGGGAAGGUUGAACACCAGACGGGCUGCGGCAUUCUGGAUGAGUUGUAGGGGUUUAAUGGCACAGGCAGGGAGCCCGGCCAACAGCGAGUUGCAGUAAUCCAGACGGGAGAUGACAAGUGCCUGGAUUAGGACCUGUGCCGCUUCCUGUGUAAGGCAGGGUCGUACUCUCCGAAUGUUUUCUUACCCACUCUUUCCUGUGCCUUUGCCCACCUAAUGAAAUCGAUGCCAGUGGAAUGUAUUCUGUAGUGCCACAGCUGCACACAUGUCAGUGUACUAGAGCUGGGAUGAUCACUAGAACUGUAUCGACGCCGAUCACUUAUCACAGGUAUUUUGCUGAUAUCGUUCAUUAUGAUAAGUAGCCUAAAAUAGAGUAAUGUGAAGUUAGAAAUUAAAUACGUUUGCUGAUAUGGGUGAUUGUUAAUGGGACAAUUGAUGGCUACAACCAUAGUAGUAGUUUACAGGAUAAUCAUUUUAAAAAAAUCUGUGGUGUACAUUCAUGUUAUAAACUUAUCACUCUAUUUUCAUUAUCGCAUAAAUUCAGGCAAUUUAUCGUGAUAUGGAUUUCUUUUCCAUAUCGCCCAGCUCUACAAUGUACUUCUACAAAUCAUCUCGUACAUAAACGUGAGCAUUACAAAAGAAGAACAAUGAAUGAAUCGUUGCUCCAGUUUUUAAAGGUGGAUGGCAAGGGUGCGUGUUGCAUAACUGCCCGGCUAGAACGUAUUGCAUUCCCCCGUUGGAAAGCAUGCAGAUCAGGGUAGCUGUUUAAGGAGCCUCCAUGGCUGUACAGAGGGUAUUGAUUGCGUGUGACUUUCAGAGAUUCCACUGUUUCUCCCACUUGGCUGUUUAAGCAAGCCUGCCAAGUUUGUCUUCAGUGUGUGUGCGUGAAAUGUUUGGGACUGUUUAAAAAAACAAAACAUUGUAGGUGAAGGGUGGGAACCGUGGGAGUAAGGAGUAGGUAGAAUGUUCCCCCCUACCCUUUGCUAGGUGCAACUUCUACCUGGAGCGUUAUGAAAACCUUUUGAGACGGCUACGGGAGAGUUAGGGUUUUGCUUUUGGGAGACUGAUGCGUUUUUGUCUUUAACUUCCCUUCUUCCUCCCCCCUCAAGCACUUCCAAGGCGGCGAGUGACCUUCUAGACUUGCAGCCUGCAUUUCAGCAGCAGGCACUGCCCCUCUCCACUGGCCUACCAACAGCCAACACAUGGGGAGGUGAGAGCUCCCGUCACACCGCGGAUACCUGUUUUACACCCCUGAUUCUCACACACACACACACACCCUCUUUCAUUCAGAUUCCUCUGUGAUAGGCCUCUCUACAGGUCAUAGUGGAAUAGACCCUUUGCAUUCUCAAACAGCUUAUUAACUCGAUAAGCUUGCUGGUGGUGGAUAUACAGUACCUGGUGUAUUUGACCUAACUCCUGAAAGCUAUUGGUGAACUUGAAUUUGAAAUUGGGUGGUAAGACCACUAAUAAUAUCAGGUAAAGUCGAUCAACAAUCAAAUCACAGUUAUGUAUUUAUUAGGAUCCCCGUUACCUCUUCCUGGGGUCCAAACAGGAAUAAAACAAUUACAUAAAAACAAAACAACAUCAUAAAUAAGACAAUACAUCAUGCAAGACAUAAUUUUAAAAAAUACAAUAUAAAAUGUACAAUACAGUAAUAAAAUGUCUCUUCACAGUCCACACAGGUGUUUUAUCUGUUUUUUAAAUAUUAUUUUACUGCUUGCGUGAGUUACUUGAUGUGGAAGAGAAUUCCAUGUAGUCAUGGCCCUGUAUUAUUAUUAUUAUUAUUAUUAUUAUUAUUAUUAUUGUGCGUUUCCCAGAGUCUGUUCUGGACUUGGGGACUGUGAAGAGACCCCUGGUGGCAUGUCUUGUGGGGUAUGUAUGGGUGUGUUAGCUGUUUGAACAAACAGUUCGGUGCUUUCAACACGUCAAUACCUCUCACAAAGACGAGGAGUGACGCAAUUAAUCUCUCUACUUUGAGCCAGGAGAUAUUGACAUGCAUGUUAUUGAUAUUAGCCCUCUGUUUACAUUUAAGGGCCAGCUGUGCUGCUCUGUUCUGGGCCAACUGUAAUUUGCCUAUGUCCCUCUUUGUGGCACGUGACCAUAAUGACUGGGCAGUAGUCCAGGUGUGAUAAAACUAGAUUUGUUCAUUGUCAUGUCAAGUAAGCAGAGCAGAGUAGCACUUUAUUACAAACAGACCUCUCCCCAUCUUAGCUACCGUUGCAUCAAUAUGUUUUGACCAUGACAGUUUACAAUCCUGGGUAACACCAAGCAGUUUAGUCUCCAACUUGCUCAAUUUCUACAUUAUUCAUUACAAGAUCCAGCCCCGUGUAGCUCAGUUGGUAGAGCAUGGCGUUUGCAACGCCAGGGUUGUGGGUUCGAUUCCCACGGGGGGCCAGUAUGAAAAAAUGUAUGCACUCACUAACUGUAAGUCGCUCUGGAUAAGAGCGUCUGCUAAAUGACUAAAAUGUAAGAUUUAGUUUAGGUUUAGGGUUUAGUGAAUGAUUUGUCCCAAAUACAGUGCUUUUAGUUUUUGAUAUAUUUAGGACACCCAUUCUAAAACUCACUGCAGUUCUUUAAGUGUUGCAGUGAUUUCACUUGCUGUGGUAGCUGACCUGACGUGUGUAAUGUUGAGUCAUCAGCGUACAUAGAUACGCUGGCUUUACUCAAGGCUAGUGGUAGGUCAUUAGUAAACAUUUUAAAAAGUAAGGGGUCACGACCUUGAGGUAUGCCUAACUCUACCUGGUUUAUGUUAGAGAACACCGUCUGUGUUCUGUUAGAUAGGUAACGCUCGAUCCAUCAUAUAUCAGAGGAGGUAAAGCCAUAACACACACAGUUUUUUCAGCAGCAGACUAUGCUCGAUAAUGAAAAAAGCUUUCCUGACGACUCAAAACAGAAUUAUUUCACAGAAUCAUUCGCUACAUGCUUCAGUCUGAGACUUCCAUCUUUGAAGUUGUUUGUGGCGACGUCAAAAUGAGGGAUGUUGUACAAAACAAAGGAAUCAGCGAUUGGAUCAUCUCUAACCAAUCAUAGUAUCAAUGCCAAUGACACAUUUUCAAAUUGUCGCAAUACCCACGUGUGUGCUGGCUCUGGCCCAACCGAUCGGUUUCUGGGACCAAUCAGAUGGUCUAGAACGUGUUUCUAUUCUAGAAAUCCUACGGGAGGUACUCAGAUCCAGACUCAUUGCGGAGAAGAAACUAACGUCCGUGGGCGUGGCGUAGUGUUUGCCCGGAGCAAGGAGUUUUGGUAGCCAGGCAAGUCAAAAGCUGCACUGAAGUCGUAACAAAACGUCUUAUUAUCAGUUUAGUAGUUUGCCAGACAAACUAUCAGCAACUCUAAAAUAAUGGUCUGUAUCAUGACAGUAACCUUAUUUAUUCAUAUUAUUAUUACAGUUAGUAAUUGACCUUGUCUGAUUUGCUAUGACUCUUGUUGUCCAUCAUUCAUGGAAUUGUUAUUUAAACCUCAUGAUGGAGGUGCCAAAUUAAAAGGCACCUUUUAUCUUGAGUGCCUUGUAAUGUUGUGUGUGCUUUUGAAUUCACGGUCAUGUGUCAAUCGAAAGUAAAUAAUGAUAAGGUUGAAAUGAUUAGAUACAAACCUACUUAACUGUGUUUUCCUUUUCACUUACAAAUACACUGUUCAGGUUUGUGUGUUUGGUUUCCCUGGAAACUAAAACCUUGUUCUUUGUUGUGUUUUAUUCCAAUAUUGUAGUCACUGAGGGAGUCGUGUUCUCUCAUACUAUACAGUAUGAAUCUAGUGUUACUUUUUGUCAGUCCUGCAACGUAUCAGGUUAAUCAACUUGAAGCUGGAAUUAUUUUUGUGUUCUUGUUGUUUAUAAUGUAACUUUUUUUAGACUUUAUACUUUUAUCAAGUAUACUUUUUAAAAACGUUUUCAAAGCAAAUGUGCUGCAUUUGUUCAAAUUGAGUAUUUCCAAUAAGGACGGUAAAGUGUAGGCUACAUGGAUUAAGGCUGUCUUGGUUUGUGUCAUGUCUAGAAGUUAACAUUAUCGACUGGUGCACAUGUUUAUUUUUCUUUUCCACUAGCAUUGACUUUGUUGAUAGCUACUUUAUUGAGGAAAAAUGUACUUACUAUGACUGAGAUAUGUGGUUGUCCCACCUAGCUAUCUUAAGAUGAAUUCACUAACUGUAAGUGGCUCUGGAUAAGAUAAUCUGCUAAAUGACUAUAAUGUACACAUGUAGUAUGGCGUUUGGUAUAACCACUAGAUGCAUGUGAUGAAAUAACCUGCUUUACGUAAUGUAUUGUUUGCUAUAGCUUGGCAAAAAUGAUUGUGACUCUAGAUGACAACAUAAGGCUGUUUGUUUCCAAGUCUGCUUCAAUAUUCGUUUCCUUGAAAUGAUACUUGGAGUAUUUGUCAUACGAACACUACCACCAUCAUAGUUCAUGAAGAAUUCUGUCUGGGGCAUGGGGUUUAUGUUCAGCCGCACCCUGUGUUGUGUUUCUGCAUGCUUCGUUUGACUUGACUCACUGUCCUCUUCUAACAUCUUCCUGUUCUCUCUCUUUCUGUUUCUGUCACCUUUGCCUGUGUAGAUCCUUUCACUUCUACAGAAGCUGUGGACGACUCCAUUCCAAACUUUAACCCUUUCCUUACACAUCCUGUUGUCGAUGCUGUUCAUCUACCUAUUGUGUCUUCCAGUGGUGUUAGUUCUAGGACACCCACUCAUGAAAUGUUUGGUGGUAAACAACAUUUCUAUUUUAGUGUUAAGUUUUCUUUAUUUGUCUGUUAUGGUGUUGUCAGAAAUGUCCCCAUUGUCAUAUUCAGCCUUCAUGCACCAUUCCAUAGACAUUAAAACCAGUAGAUGGUGAUAGCUUUGACCUCAGCCACGUAUUCCUAUGGAACACUCCCGAUGGCGCAUGAAGCUCGAAACUAUUUAAAUUUGAAGCACGCCAUAUUACUGAAUAGGGCUAAAUGGCACCAAAAUAAUCGCUAAGAUCAUGGUGAAAGUGGCUGUAACUAGCAAAGGAUCAUGGUCGACGUAGUCGUUUUCAUCCUGCCUGAGAGAGUUAACCUUAAUGUCUAUGGCAUGAGGGUGCAAGCUUCUUCGUAGCCUGCCGGCCCGUGAUUGGUCUGUUUCGGCACGUGGUCCUGUGUGACAACAAAUGUAAUCAGAAUGGAUCACUAUUUAAUUAAAUAUCUCAAUUUGUAGCGAACUUCAAAAUAAUUAACUGUGGGGAUCGAACUUAAUCAUAAUAAACAUAUUCUAGAGGCCAAAACGUCCGUCAAUAGUGUGUGUGUGUGUGUGUGUGUGUGUGUGUGUGCGCACCUCAUAAGUGAUCUUAAAGCGGCAAUCAGCAGUUGAAACAAUAAUGUGAAAGCUUCUUCCCCGCCCCUGUUUCGGUAAAAAGCUGAGGGAUGUUGCUGGAGAAAUGUAACCACUCUCAAAUUCAUAGACAGAGCUAUGGAUGCAAGGACUGACCAUCCAUGAUAUCAAAAUUAUCGUUUUAACCAUGUUUUGAGGCUAUAUAGUGUUUGUUUAUAUUUACUUUGUUUACAAACAUUGGAGUAAAACAAGGUUAUGUUUUGGGUUCUGAUGGGGUACCACAGUUGAACUAAGCUCAUUGAGCAUUUAUAAGGUAUAUUCUUCAAGACUCAGUGGGUACAUAUCAUGAAUGUAUACAUCCAAAAAUGGAUGGAUCACUACAGAUUGCCCCUUGAAGUAGCAUCAUGCAGUGAAAACCUUCAUUGAGUUGAUGCAGAGUCAAAUAAGUGCUUGCUUCAGAACUCCAGGAUUCUGAAGGGGAAUAUAGAAUUCAACAGUAAAUGUCUGGUGCGGUUCACAUUGUGUGUGGGUGUAUACAGUAUGUGAUGUAGUAUUUAGAUGUGAUGAUGCUACUAAAGGUUUUUCAGGAAUCGGGUGUUUAUCUUGGUCAUUGUAGAUCCUUGGUAUUCAAAAAACAAGGAAAGGUGAUGGCAUCUCCCAUAAAUGACCACAGCUACAAGGUUUUAAGUUUAUGGUGCUCUUUUGUGUAUGUUUAAAAAGCUGACGCAUUUAAACCGUGUGGUCUUUGUCAAAGCUUGCUGUUACUGUAUAUAUUAUUUGUUUUGGUUUGACUGUGCCAUGACACUGGAGAUUCUGGCCUGCCGCUGACUGAAUAGGUUAUUUAUAGCUUGGGCCUUACAAGAUGUACUUUCACUCUGUUUCCUUACCUAUGUUUGUUCAUAGCAUGUAACGUUACAACUUCUGUCUCUUGUUUUUGCAUUUUUAAAGUGUUAUGGAAAAAAAUACACUUUGUUGCUUGAAUUUUGAUUUUAUUUUUGAUUCUCCAGAUCAUUACAAUCCCUUUAUUGUUUGGAGCUCUUCCAUUGCAUCUGAUCAUGAGCACACAGUGCGGAUAGGGCAGUUUAUCUCAGGUACCAUGACGGGGAACCCGACUGACCUAUGUUUUCUGAAAACCCCCGUAAGCAUAGGACCCUGAACCUACGCCGGGAUCAUGUUUGCUCUAGUCUAGUUGCUUCCCUGAGUGCUGUUUGCCUUUAGUGCUAACAUUUUAGCAUUUAGCAUUUGUUUGAGGUGGCUUUUUGAAGAAUGUUAGUGCUCUUCCUUUUUCUCAAACUGCUGAGCAUGGAUAAAAAAAUGUUUUAUUUGACUUGAUGUUCUUCUUGCUUAAUUUUCUGGAGCUAUACUUUUCAUUUGUUGUGUUUUUCUUUAUUUCUAGUCAUGUUUAUAAAACCCCAUCUCUUUGCCUUUCUCCCCUACUGCUUGCCUCUGGUUGUGUCAGACUCUUUCUGUGGGCCAGCAUUGUACCCUACCACUCCUCUCUUCCAGUCUGAGUCCCCUGCUGUACCUGGUCUAUUUGGAGGUAGGUACCUGGGGCUUGCCAUUCCCACUGCCCCCUGUCUACUCUCUGGCCCGAAAAUAAAACUAGCUUGAUUAAUGCCUCCGCUACUAUCAGCCCCAACACUUUUUUGCUUCCUCUGAACCAGGAUUCUCAGCAUCUUCCACCACGCAGCCCCAGACCGCCAGAGGCCUUAACGUUGAUUUUGACUCUGUGUUUGGCAAUAACUCGGCCUCCGCCAACAAUGUUGACUCUGCUGGUAAGGAUCAUACAUUCCCGACCUCUCCCAACUCCCCAUCCCCUCUCUUCACAUGCACAAGCUCCACAUAGAAGUUACCCUUCAGCACAGAUCUAGGAUCAGCUUACCCUGCCCCAUUUAGAUCAGUUUCUAGGGCAGGCCUGGCCAACCCUGUUCCUGGGGUGCUACCAUCCUGAAGGUUUUCGCUCCAACCCUAAUCUAGCGCACCUGAUUCUAAUAAUUAGCUGGUUGAUAAACUGAGUCAGGUUAGUUACUACUGGGGUUGGAGCGAAAACCUUCAGGAGGGUAGCUCUCCAGGAACAGGGUUGGGCAGCUCUGGUCUAGGGGCAACAUAAUGCUUCUCCCAUGGCCGCCACAUCCACACUGCUGCCCAACUCACCUCAUGGGCCAUCGCUGAGCUUGGGGCUUGGAUGUUUUGGAAAAUACUUUAAAAUACUUGCAGUGAGUGCUUGAUCAAUGAUUGAGAAAAUGUACCACCAUGAAAUAUGGUCAUGAAUGAUUUGCUUCAAAAUGUUCCAAAAGAAGCAUUCAUUAUUUUUUUAAAUGUUGCUAUAUUGCAAUAGAAAGCGCAGCCUUCCCUCUGGGUUUCGCAUGCGCUAUUUUCAAUUACCUGUCCGUCAUUCGAGACAUGGCGGGUUUCAGACCUUUCAAGGUCUGCUCCGGUGCCUCCGAGCUCCUUUAGCUAGCACUUCUUGAACUCUGUCACUGCCACUGCCGGGGCCUGGAACAUGACAGUUUGUCAUGAACAGAACCCAAAGACUCAGGGUAGUGCUGUCCUCACCUUCACACUGUAACGUAACACUACAUUCAAUACUACAUUUGUCAUUGUAUUCCUCCAUCACAUUGUCUAAUCUUGCAUGAAAUGGAAGAGUUUAGGAAAUUAGUAUUGGCACUAUUUCAACUUCUCUCAAUAUAGCCUUCUGCCCCUGAGUAGUUCUGCCUACGAAGUCAUAAGCACAUCACAGAAAGGUGCAUUUGGCAGCAAAAAGUGCCUUUUGGUGCUCAAUAAAGUAUAUAGUGAAGAGCAAAGGAUGUACACGUACAGUACCAGUCAAAAGUUUGGACACACCUACUCAUUCAAGGGGUUUUCUUUAUUUUUACUAUUUUCUACAUUGUAGAAUAAUAGUGAACACAUCAUAACUAUUAAAUAACAUAUAUGGAAUCAUGUAGUAACCAAAGAAUUGUUAAACAAAUCAAAAUAUAUUUUAGAUUCUUCAAAGUAGCCACCCUUUGCCUUCAUGACAACUUUGCACACUCUUGGCAUUCUCUCAACCAGCAUCAUGAGGAAUGCUUUUCCAACAGUCUUGAAGGAGUUCCCACAUAUGCUGAGCACUUGUUGGCUGCUUUUCCUUCACUCUGCGGUCAUACUCAUCCCUAACCAUCUCAAUUGGGUUGAGGUUGGGUGAUUGUGGAGCCAGGUAAUCUAAUGCAGCACUCCAUCACUCUCCUUCUUGGUCAAAUAGCCCUUACACAGCCUGGAGGUGUGUUUUGGGUCAUUGUCCUGUUGAAAAACAAAUGAUAGUCCCACUAAGCGCAAACCAGAUGGAAUGGCAUAUAGCUGCAGAAUGCUGUGGUAGCCAUGCUGGUUAAGUGUGCCUUGAAUUCUAAAUAAAUCACAGACAGUGUCACCAGCAAAGCACCAUCAAACCACCACCUCCAUGCUUCACGGUGGGAACCACACAUGCAGAGAUCAUCCGUUCACCUACUCUGUGUCUCACAAAGACACGGCAGUUGGAACCAAAAAUCUCCAAUUUGGAAUCGUCAGACCAAAGGACAGAUUUCCACCGGUUCAAUGUCCAUUGCUCAUGUUUCUUGGCCCAAGCAAGUCUCUUCUUAUUGGUGUCCUUUAGUAGUGGUGUCUUUGCAGCAAUUCGACCAUGAAGGCCUGAUUCACGCAGUCUCCUCUGAACAGUUGAUGUUGAGAUGUGCCUGUUACUUGAACUCUGUGAAGCAUUUAUUUGGACUGCAAUCUGAGGUGCAGUUAAUUCUAAUGAACUUAUUCUCUGCAGCAGAGGUAACUCUGGGUCUUCCUUUCCUGUGGCGGUCCUCAUGAGAGCCAGUUUCAUCAUAGUGCUUGAUGGAUUUCGCGACAGCACUUGAAGAAACUUUUAAGUUCUUGAAAUAUUCCGUAUUGACUGACCUUCAUGUCUUAAAGUAAUGAUGGACUGUUGUUUGUUUGUCUUUGCUUAUUUGAGCAGUUCUUGCCAUAAUAUGGACUUGGUCUUUUACCAAAUAGGAUUAACUUCUGUAUACCCCCCUACCUUGUCACAACACAACUGAUUGGCUCAAAUGCAUUAAGAAAUUCCACAAAUUAACUAAGGCACACCUGUUAAUUGAAAUGCAUUCCAGGUGACUACCUCAUGAAGCUGGUUGAGAGAAUGCCAAGAGUGUGCAAAGCUGUCAAGGCGAAGGGUACCUACUUUGAAGAAUCUCAAAUGUAAAAUAUAUUUGGAUUCCAUAUGUGUUUUUUCAUAGUUUUGAUGUCUUAACUAUUAUUCUACAAUGUAGAAAAUAGUAAAAAUAGGUGUCCAAACUUUUCACUGGUACUGUACCUGUAUCUAAUGUGUGGGUUUUGGGGUGCUUCACUCACAAUCUCACCAUUGUUUUGUUUCUCUCCCUUGUUCAUUGGGUGAACACACACUUUGGGCCUUGGCUUUUGCAUGACUGGGUGAGUUGACUACACACUCCUUAGUCCUGGACUGCGCCAGCAACCUUAAUGUCAUUUUCACGUGCAACACCUGCUUCCCACUUCGCUCACGUUAACCACGUCCUCUUUCCCGUCUUUUACCCCCUCCCCCCUUUAUUAAUAAUGUUUUAGGUGGCAUCCUUGAACCCACAGUGGCCUCCUCGCCCAUCCAGGGGCUAACCCCCAACGGGCAGCAGCCUGGGAAGCUGGUGUCUGACGACCUGGACUCGUCCUUGGCCAACCUUGUGGGCAGUAUGUAUCAUUAACGUGCUCCUUACUCCUACCAUAUUGUAACGCUUCACUGCAUAUGUGCUGUUGAUUACUGAACAUUUUAGCAGACCAGCUUCCAGAUGAAGUGUCACCUGCCAGCUCUUUUGGUGUAUUUUAAUGAGAGAUUGUCAAGUCAGUGGCUCUAUGUGCUCAACUAACAAUUUAUUAUCUUUAUUUUUUAGAUUUGGGAAUUGGAAAUGGCGUGGCAAAAAAGUAAGAAAAUGCAAUGAUAACGGAACUGGAAUGACAAGUUGUUAUUUUUUACCAUACUGAUAUGUUGCAGUUGAAUGAAAAUAAUUAGUAUUUCCAUUUCCUAUGUAGUAAUAUUCAUUGGAGUCACCCUGGUGAGAAGAAGUUGACAGGUGGAUACAAUUGGCAACCAAAAACUGCUCCCUCUACCACAUGGAACCCUGCCACCAUGGUAAGUUUGUUCGGGAUAAGUCUUUCUUUACUAUAGUAUCCAAAGUUCUGAUAACAAAAAUGUAAUUCAUUUAUCAAUAUUAAUCAUACUACUACUUGUUGUGUGUAUGUACUGACAUGUAAGUGUAACUGAUAGAUGCAUACUACGUGCUAAUGUUUUUAAAUAUAUGUAAAUUGUAAAGUAUUUUGUCUGUCUUUUUCGUUAUGUCAGACCCCUGUAAGACUAGCUGUCGCCAUUGGCUUUGGCUAAUGGAUCCUAAUAAAAUCAAAUAGAAUAAUAUGAUUUAUGAAAGGAAAUUACAGUUGAAGUCGGAAGUUUACAUACACUUAGGUUGGAGUCAUUAAAAGUCGUUUUUCAACCACUCCACACAUUUCUUGUUAACAAACUAUAGCUUUGGCAAGUCGGUUAGGACAUCUACUUUGCAUGACACAAGUAAUUUUUCCAACAAUUGUUUACAGACUGAUUAUUUCACUUAUAAUUCACUAUCACAAUUCCAGUGGGUCAGAAGUUUACAUACACUAUGUUGACUGUGCCUUUAAACAGCUUGGAAAAUUCCAGAAAAUGAUGUCAUGGCUUAAGAAGCUUCUGAUAGGCUAAUUGACAUCAUUUGAGUAAAUUGGAGGUGUACCUAUGGAUGUAUUUCAAGGCCUACCUUCAAACUCAGUGCCUCUUUGCUUGACAUCAUGGGAAAAUCAAAAGAAAUCAGCCAAGACCUCAGAAAAAAAAUUGUAGAGUCUGGUUCAUCCUUGGGAGUAAUUUCCAAAUGCCUGAAGGUACCACGUUCAUCUGUACAAACAAUAGUACGCAAGUAUAAACCCCAUGGGACCACGCAGCCGUCAUACCGCUCAGGAAGGAGACGCGUUCUGUCUCCUAGAGAUGAACGUACUUUGGUGCGAAAAGUGCAAAUCAAUCCCAGAACAACAGCAAAGGACCUUGUGAAGAUGCUGGAGGAAACGGGUACAAAAGUAUCUAUAUCCACAGUAAAACGAGACCUAUAUCGACAUAACCUGAAAGGCCGCUCAGCAAGGAAGAAGCCUCUGCUCCAAAACCGCCAUAAAAAAGCCAGACUACAGUUUGCAACUGCACAUGGGGACAAAGAUCAUACCUUUUGGAGAAAUGUCCUCUGGUCUGAUGAAACAAAAAUAAAACUGUUUGGCCAUAAUGACCAUCGUUAUGUUUGGAGGAAAUAGGGGGUAGCUUGCAAGCCGAAGAACACCAUCCCAACCGUGAAGCACGGGGGUGGCAGCAUCAUGCUGUGGGGGUGCUUUGCUGCAGGAGGGACUGGUGCACUUCACAAAAUAGAUGGCAUCAUGAGGAAGGAAAAUUAUGUGGAUAUAUUGAAGCAACAUCUCAAGACAUCAGUCAGGAAGUUAAAGCUUGGUCGCAAAUGGGUCUUCCAAAUGGACAAUGAUCCCAAGCAUACUUCCAAAGUUGUGGCAAAAUGGCGUAAGGACAACAAAGUCAAGGUAUUGGAGUGGCCAUCACAAAGCCCUGACCUCAAUCCUAUAGAAAAUGUGUGGGCAGAACUGAAAAAGCGUGUGCGAGCAAGGAGGCCUACAAACCUGACUCAGUUACACCAGCUCUGUCAGGAGGAAUGGGCCAAAAUUCACCCAACGUAUUGUGGGAAGCUUGUGGAAGGCUACCCGAAACGUUUGACCCAAGUUAAACAAUUUAAAGGCAAUGCUACCAAAUACUAAUUGAGUGUAUACUAACUUCUGACCCACUGGGAUUGUGAUGAAAGAAAUAAAAGCUGAAAUAAAUCAUUCUCUCUACUAUUAUUCUGACAUUUCACAUUCUUAAAAGAAAGUGGUGAUCCUAACUGACCUAAGACGGGGAAUUUUUACUAGGAUUAAUGUCAGGAAUUGUGAAAAACUGAGUUUAAAUAUAUUGGGCUACGGUGUAUGUAAACUUCUGACUUCAACUGUAGCUAUUUCCUCAUCUGCGUUGGGAAUUGUUUAUCCAAUGCAAACACUGCUUGGUUUAAGUUCCUGAUGCAUGCAGAUCAUAUGGACAGAAAGCUCCAACUGCCUUGUGUGUGUGGUUGUUUUGCUCUGUGUUCACUAAACAUUGUUACAAUAUUUUCUAAUCUGUGUCUCAUGUCUGUUGCAUUGUGUAAAUGUUGUCCUGGGGAAAAAAAUACAGAAAGGCAUGCAUUUCCCACAAUACGUAAGUCUCAAUGGUUGUACCAUUUCCUGCUCUUUGACCAAAGCUGGCAUGCCUGGUAUUAAUCCCACACAUUCACCCAGCCACGUUUUCUCUGACCUGUGUGGUCUGCACCGUGGGCUUCUUAUGACCUGCUGACCUCAAUCUAACACAGAUACCACAGCAUGACCUGUCCUGUCAUGACUUUCCUCUCCUCCAUAUUGUAGCCCUUUGUUCUCCAGAGGCUGGUCUAUACUAGGUCUGACAACAACAAGUGUCUGUGGAACAAGUGUCAAUGGACAGUCGUUAGACCUACUGUAAAAAACAACGCAUCCUUUGUCUUUUUUAUUGAACUUCUGGUCACACCUUACUCAGAGCCUGCGUCAUGAGGUCACAUACUGCCUGUAUAAUAAUGACAUAACUGUUGUGACAUGACAGUUAUAACAUGACAUGAGAGCCGUGACAAAAUGUAGCCUAAUGACUCAAGUGAAGGGUUUCCCAAAAAAUUGUGUGUUUAGUGAGUGGGUAGCAUUCAGGAAAAAAAGAAGAAAAAAGUUUCCGCUAUUAUCAAGUGAACACUUAUGGAAAUAUACCGAAAGACCAUGGUAUAUUUGUCUUGAUAUGGACGAGUCUGAUUUUAAAAGAGAAACUGGGGUAUGAUCUUAGGUAACUGCAUGGUUGAUAACUCUCACCUUUUUUUUUUUGCUACGUUUUCACCAAAUAUUACUUUGCCGUAAGGCUUUUCCUCGCUCUCCCCUCGUGGUUGUUUCUUCUGAACAGUGUGCAAAACAGCAUGUUGGCUGGGAGCCUAUCUAGCACAGUGUCAAAGCUGUCUAGCGAGACAUACUCUACCCCGAUUUGGUUAUCACCCCCUGAUUUGUAUAAAGUUCAUUCUUGCUCAACUCGGAUAACAUCAACAGUCAAAUUCUAAAAUUAUUCCACACAGCACCUCCUUUCAAUGACCAAAUGGAAAUCAGUCAUUUUUCAUUCUAAAUAGUAUCUGGUGAUCCUCCAUAUUUUCCUAUUCAAGCAAAUGUCUGCAAUGACCUAAAUAUUGCCUGCUGAGAAUGCUUUUAUGCAAAGCAUUUGUGAUCAAUGUGAGAAGUUGAAAAAGGCCUUUUGGAUGUUCGAAACAAGUGCUGACUAUGUAAUGACACCAACAUUUAUGCUUUAUGUACGUCCACUUGUUAAUUCUGACCCCUUUCCAAUGGCUUGAUUGCUGAUUUUAAAAAUGUCCUUCACAAGUGUCCCUUUUCACGCAACUGAAUGGCCUGUGAUGUUGUAACAAAUCGGGGUUUGUUACUUACUACUGUGGGGGCUGUUUGAUAGUCUAGCAGUUCCUCUAUAAAAGCCCCCCUCUGUCUUUUUCAGCAGAGCAGCUCUGCACCUGCAAGUAACAGCUUCUUGCUUCAGGGCUCUCUCUGUGCUUAAGACUCCCACGUAGCUUUUCUGGUUAGCCCUAACAUACACUAAGGGGAAACUAGGGGAAAUAAGGACAGGCAUGCAAAAAAUGUCUCCCAGAUGUUCCAUUAGUCUUGCCAAAGUGGAAGCAGGCAGGCAAUGACACCUAAAGUGUUGCAUGUGAAUUGGACAAUUGUAGCUUGUCUGAGAGGUGGGUUGUUUGCACCUGUUAUUUUGUAAAAGUGAUUCAUUAACUAAAUAAACAUUAAUAUUAAACUGUCUUUAUUUACACUAAGUUACAGUGCCUAUAGAAAGUUGACACUCCCCUUGGAUUUCUUCACAUUUUGUGUUACAAAGUGGUAUUCAAAUUGAUUUAAUUGUAAUUUUUUGUCAACGAUCUACACAACACUCUUUUAAGGUGAAUGAAAAAUAAAAUACUAAUAUAACUUCAUUGAGAAGUAUUCAAACCCAUGUUAGAAACACCUUUGGCAGUGAUUACAUCUGUGUCUCCUUGGGUAAGUCUCAUAAGAGCUUUGCACACCUGUAUUGUGCAAUAUUUGCCCAUUAUUAUUUUUUUAAAUUCUUCAAGCUCUGUCAAGUUGUUCGGGAUCAUGGCUAGACAGCAAUUUUCAAGUCUUGACAUAGAUUUUCAAGCAGGAACAUUCACUGUCUUCUUGGUAAGCAGCUCCAGUGUAGAUUUUGCUUUGUGUUGUAGGUUAUUGUCCUGCUGAAAGGUGAAUUCCUCUCCCAGUGACUGGUGUGAAGCAGGUUUUCCUCUAGGAUUUUGCCUGUGCUAGCUCCAUCCCUUUUCUUUUCAUCCUGAAAAACUCCCCAGUCUUUGCCGAUGUCAAACAUACCCAUACCAUGAUGCAGCCACUACUGUGCUUGAAAAUAAGGAGGCAGUGGCCUCCCGAGUGGCGCAGCGGUCUAAAGCACUGCAUCGCGGCGUCACUACAGCCUGGGGUUCGACCGGGAGUCCCAUAGGGCGCCGCACAAUUGGCCCAGUGUCGUCCGGGUUAGGGGAGGGUUUGGCCGGGGGGGCUUUACUUGGCUCAUCGCGCUAUAGCCACUCCUUCGGUCGUCAGUUGAAAAGGUGUUUCCUCCGACACAUUGGUGCAGCUGGCUUCCGGUUAAGCGAGCAGGUGUUAAGAAGCGUGGCUUGGCGGGUCAUGUUUCGGAGGACGCAUUGACUCGACCUUCGUCUCUCCCGAGCCCGUUGGGGCAACAAAAAAUAAAAUAAGGAGGCUGUUACUCAGUGACGUGUUGUUGGAGUUUCCCCAAACAUAAGGCUUUUUAUUUAGGCCAGAAAGUGUAUUCCUUUCCUGUGUUUUUUGCAGUAUUACUUUAGUGCCUUGUUACAUACAUAUGCAUGUUUUGGAAUAUUUGUAUUCUGUAUAUUUGUAUUCUUUUCACUCUGUCAUUUAGGUCAUUAUUGUGGAGUCAUUACAAUGUUGUUGAUCCAGCCUCAGUUUUCUCCCAUCACAGCCAUUGAACUCUGUACCUGUUUUAAAAUCACCAUUGGCCUCAUGGUGACAUCCCUGAGCAGUUUCCUUCCUAUUCUGCAUCUCAGUUCAGAAGGACGACUGUAUCUUUGUGUCUGGGUGGUUUAAUACAUAAUCCACAGCAUAAUUAUUAACUUGACCAUGCUUAAAGAUAUAUUCAAUGUCCAAUUUGUUAUUGCUACCAAUCACUGACCUUUGAGGCUUUCGAAAAGCUCCCUGGUCUUUGUAGUUUAAUCUGUGCUUGAAAUUCAAUACUUGACUGAGGGACAGAGGAAGGGUUAGUCAUUCAAAAAUCAUGUCAACCCCUAUUAUUUCAUACAGAGUGAGUCCAUAUAACUUAUGUGGUUUGUUAAGCCAAAUAAGACUUUGGAACUAAUUUAGGCUCGCAUAAACCAAGGGGAUGAAUACUUAUGCAACUAUUUUGGUUAGUACAUUUUUAUGAAUUUUUAAAACAUUUAGAAUUUUCUUUUCACUUUGACAUUAUGGAGUAUUUUGUGUAGAUCAAUGACAAACUACAAUUAAAUCUAUUUCAAUCCCACUUCGUAACGCAACAAAAUGUGAAAAAAGUUCAAGGGGGUGUAGACUUUAUAUAGGCACUGCAACUUAGACACUUUUAUCCAAAGAGUCUUUAGUCAUGUUAUAUGCAGUCAGUUAUAUGCUAACUUUCUGUAAAAGUGUCCUGGUUCAGUGAGUGAUCAUCUUUGCUCAUGUCAUCUCAGGCACCAUCUGUCAUGGCCUUCCCUGCAACGACGCCAACGGGAAUGAUGGCAUAUGGAAUGGUAAGUGGGGGGGGGGGGUUUAUCUUUUCAAUCUCAUGAAGCCAUGCUUCGGAACCCUUUUUAUAUAAUUUAUAUACAGUACCAGUCAAAAGUUUGGACACCUACUCAUUCAAGGGUUUUUCUUUAUUUUUUACUAUUUUCUACAUUGUAGAAUAAUAGUGAAGACAUCAGAACUGUGAAAUAACACAUAUGGAAUCAUGUAGUAACCAAAAAGGUGUUAAACAAAUCAAAAUAUAUUUGAGAUUCUUCAAAUAGCCACCCUUUGCCUUGAUGACAGCUUUGCACACGCUUGGCAUUCUCUCAACCAGCUUCACCUGGAAUGCUUUUCCAACAGUCUUGAAGGAAUUCCCACAUAUGCUGAGCUCUUGUUGGCUGCUUUUCCUUCACUCUGCCGUCCGACUCAUCCCAAACCAUCUCAAUUGGGUUGAGGUCGGGGGAUUGUGGAGGCCAGGUCAUCUGAUGCAGCACUCCAUCACUCUCCUUCUUGGUAAAAUAGCCCUUACACAGCCUGGAGGUGUUUUGGGUCAUUGUCCUGUUGAAAAACAAAUGAUAGUCCCACUAAGCCCAAACCAGAUGGGAUGGCGUAUCGCUGCAGAAUGCUGUGGUAGCCAUGCUGGUUAAGUGUGUCUUGAAUUCUAAAUAAAUCACAGACAGUGUCACCAGCAAAGCACCCCCACACCAUAACACCACCUCCUCCAUCCUUUACGGUGGGAACCACACAUGCGGAGAUCAUCCGUUCACCCACACCACGUCUCACAAAGACACGGUGGUUGGAACCAAAAAUCUCCAAUUUGGACUCCAGACCAAAGUACACAUUUCCACCGGUCUAAUGUCCAUUGCUCUUGUUUCUUGGCCCAAGCAGGUCUCUUCUUCUUAUCGGUGUCCUUUAGUAGUGGUUUCUUUGCAGCAAUUUGAUUCACACAGUCCCCUCUGACCAGUUGAUGUUGAGAUGUGUCUGUGACUUGAACUCUGUGAAGCAUUUAUUUGGGCUGCAAUUUCUGAGGCUAGUAACUCUAAUGAACUUAUCCUCUGCAGCAGAGGUAACUCUGGGUCUUCCAUUUCUGUGGCGGUCCUCAUGAGAACCAGUUUCAUCAUAGCGCUUGAUGGUUUUUGCGACUGCACUUGAAGAAACUUUCAAAGUUCUUGAAAUGUUCCGUAUUGACUGACCUUCAUGUCUUAAAGUAAUGAUGGACUGUCGUUUCUCUUUGCUUAUUUGAGCUGUUCUUGCCAUAAUUUGGACUUGGUCUUUUACCAAAUAGGGAUAUCUUCUGUAUAGGGGGGGCUACCUUGUCACAACACAACUGAUUGGCUCAAACGCAUUACGAAGGAAAGAAAUUCCACAAAUUAACUUUUAAGAAGGCACACCUGUUAAUUGAAAUGCAUUCCAGGUGACUACCUCAUGAAGCUGGUUGAGAGAAUGCCAAGAGUUUGCAAAGCUAACAGUUUUUUUUAAUUAUAUGAGAAAAAAAAUAUUCAAUUUUAUUUGGAACGGCAAGCCAGACAAAAUUAAAAUGGCAUAUUUAUAUAAUGAAUAUGAAUUCGGAGGACAGAAAUUAAAUAUUAAAGCAUUAGACCUAUCACUAAAAGCUUCAGUCAUACAAAAGUUAUACUUAAAUCCGAACUGGUUCUCAAGCAAAUUAGUAAGAUUGUCUCACCCAAUGUUCAAGAAAGGCCUUUUUCCCUUUAUUCAGAUUACAACAACUCAUUUGCAGUUAUUUGAAAAGGAAAUCAUCUCCCAAAUAUCACUAUUUCUAAAACAAGCCAUAGAAAGUUGGUUGCAAUUUCAAUUUAAUCCUCCAGAAACGACAGAACAAAUAAUGCAACAAAUAUUGUGGUUAAAUUCAAAUAUACUAAUUGACAAAAAACCUUUAUUUUUUGACAAAGUUUAAAAAAGGUAUAAUCUUCGUAAAUGAUAUCAUCGGUAGGACUGGUGGAGUUAUGUCGCACAUGCAGCUAACAAAAACAUAUGGAAAUGUCUGCUCUACCCAAAAUUACAACCAAAUAAUUGCAGCCUUACCGCAAAAGUGGAAGGGGGAGAAAGUAAGGAACUUGUCUGUCGGCCUUGCAUUAAAGAACAUAAUUGGUUAAGGAAAACUGUGAUAAAUAAAAAAGUAUAUCAGUUUCACUUAAGGACCAAAGGAUUGACAGCCGUCCCAUAUAGAUUGCAAAAUAGUUGGGAAGAGAUCUUUGACGUACCGAUCCCAUGGCAUAGUGUUUAUGAACUGACACGCAAAACGACACCGGAUUCAAAAAUUAGAAUCUUUCAAUUUAAAUUAUUAUAUAAAAUUCUUGCUACCAAUAGAAUGUUAUUUAUAUGGGGGAUACAAUCUUCCCAGCUCUGCAGAUUUUGCUGUGAAGAGACAGAAUCAUUAGAUCAUUUGUUUUGGUUCUGUCCAUUUGUAGCUUGUUUUUGGACACAGGUCCAGGAAUGGCUAAAGGAUUGCAAUAUUUACCUGGAGCUAACCUUGCAGAUAGCAUUACUGGGUGAUCUGAAAAGUCAUAGUCAAUCAAUCAAUAAUAUAAUAAUACUUUUAGCAAAAAUGUUUAUUUUUAAUUCACAAUCUGUAGAAGCAAUGAGAAUAGAAAGGUUCAGAACUUUUGUAAAACAUCACAGUACGGUUGAAAUAUAUAUGGCAAAUAGAAAUCCUAUAUGGAUGGUGUUAAGAGAUAGAUGGGAGGUAUUGAAUAGAGUUGAAGGAUGGGACUAAUAACAAAUAACAACAAAUAAUAACAAAGAUAGCUAAUAAUGUAAGCAUACUGUGUCCAUAAUAAGUAUAUAGGUUGUAUGUUGGGAGCUUUUGGGAAAGAGCACAGUUAGAAAGAUAUGGCAUAUAGAAGCAAACCGGAUGGACAUCAUGAAAAUGAUCGGAGAGGUUGAGAGUAGAAGAAGUUCAGGAGCAAAAAAAUUAAAAUAAAAAAAGAAAUAUAUAUAUAUAUAUAGAUAUAUAUAUAUAUAUAUAAUAGAAUUAUUGUAAAAUUAACUCUGUCCAUAAGGUGUAGAUAGUAAGUAUAGACCGGAAGUAGAGGCCUGGGCAUUGUUGUUCACUAAUUUACUCCAAGUAGGGAAAGGAUGGUGGGGUUGAAAAGUAAUGAAGGGGAGUAUAUAUAUAAAAAAAACUAAACAAAAAAACAUGGGGGAUUGGAAGUGAUGCAGACAAUUACAUUGAUAGAAGAUACAAUCUAUCUGCAAUAUUAAGCUGAUCCAUUCCAUAAAUAAAAAAUAAAAAAAAUAAAAAAGAGUUUGCAAAGCUGUCAUUAAGGCAAAGGGUGGCUAUUUGAAGAAUCUGAAAUAUAAUUUGUUUAACACUUUUUUGGUUACAUGAUUCCAUAUGUGUUAUUUCAUAGUUUUGAUGUCUUCACUAUUAUUCUACAAUGUAGAAAAUAGUAAAAAUAAAGAAACCCUGGAAUGAGUAGGUGUGUCCAAACUUUUGACUGGUACUGUAUAUCUAUAUUUAACUUUUAAUUUUUACACGUUCUGAGAAUGUUGCACCAUACUGUAGCUGAGCUUUAUCAAUACCUCUUUCAGGACAUUAAUUGAUGUUGAUUACGUCUCUAAGCCUUUUGUCAGCAAAAAAUGAUCAUUCCACUUUUACUUUGAACCAAUGAAAAUUGUUGUUUGCUGGAUUUACUUCUGAUUCACUCCAGGGGCCCGGGUUCAUAAAGCGUCUCAUAGUAGGUUCAGUUUAGUCUUUUAGAUGGACACAGGGGGCCUGAUCCUAUAUCAGCAUACAGGCCUUAUAUGAAUAUAGGCCUUUCCAAUGCUAAGGUGUCCAUUCCUGUACUUUUAAAGAAGCUAUAAGGCCAACUCCUUACAAUGAUUUAAAAUAUAAAAUGUCACCAGCAUAACACUGCAGCAGCACAAGUGUAGGGGUGGCACAAGUACCGUAUAAUCGUGUAACCGAUGAUUAUGGAUGAAGACCGUCAUGAAAAUAAAAUAACUGACAUAACCGUUUUUUAAAUUUAUUAUUUUUGUGGAAUGAACAGCCGACUGAAGACUGGACGGACGGGCAUUUGUGCGGUCAUCCGAAAUGUCAUUGACCGUGGAAUUCCAUGACCAUCCAAGAGCUUGUGCUGUUUUCAGCAGGUGUUAUAUUGUGGGGGUUAAAAGAGCUGCUGCUCCUACAGACCAAAGUGCCACUACACUGUGUCCGUCAUGAUUGAUGUACUGUAUUCUAACAGGCCCACAAUGUGGUUCCUAAAGUCCCAUUUGGAUAUACAUUUAGCUGUUUUCGCUGCAUAACAUUUAGAAGUUUAGAAGAAGUGACUGCUAAAUGCUAACUCCCAUUCGUAUAAGCUGGUGGCAUAGCUAGCACUUAGAAAUUGGUCGUGGUAGUCAGUUGUUGGUAACUGUAAUGCAGUUGAUUGGUUAAGAUGACAUGGACAUGUAUUGGGGUUGACAACCAUACAAGCAUUAUACUUCGAUUUUUACCUCAACAUAGGUUAUUGUCUAUAUGUGUAUUUCACACUAACUGUAGGCACAUUUUGCUGGGGGGGGGGGGGUAAUGAGGAGAUUCGGGAUCUUUCCCCCACAGGAUCUUUCCCCCACGCUUUUCCAUUGUUUUGGUCGAGUUCGAUUGACCUCUUUACUGCAUGUAUACCAUAGAAAUAGAAUGAAUAGAACGGGCGUCCCCAUUCAAGUCAAUGAUGACAUAAUGGCUGGACUGGCGGCCAUAGGAGAAAAUCAGGAAGUGUACCCAUCAAUAUGUGCUGUUAUUUGUUGAUUCAACUCAACUGACAUUACAAAAAAUAUAUUCCAUUGCAUGAGCCACAUCAGUUAAGAUCAUUUGAAUGAAUAUUCUACAUUACCAUGGAAAUGAUUGCACCACAAUACCAGGCAGCCAUUGCGAGUGUACCCAUGAGUUUACCAGUCAAAUUGCCCGGGCUAGAGGUUCCAAGCCCGUUCUAUUCAUUCUUUCUAUGGGGAAUACCUUGUGUUUUUAAUCAGUGUUUGGCUUUUGAAACAUGUGACACUAGAACCAAUUUGUGACAGUGUAUUGCACAGUAUAGUGUAGACUAUGUUCUCGUUAAUUUCUACAUCCACAGACGAGCCAAAAGGUCCAUGACGAAUCAAAUGGGAAAAGUGACAGAAAUGUCUUGUAAUGAUUGACGAUGCCAAGCGCUACUCAUACUCUCAAAAUGCAUCACAAGAUGGGCGGAUUCAGCUGUAGCGGUUAACUUUUACUGCCCAGUGCUCGUCUCAUUACGGAGCUGCUGUAUAUUUGAACUAUAGUUAAUUAGUAACCAGAGUUAAAUCAGCUGAGGACAACUUGAACAAUGAUUUGUUCUGUUCAAAUUACACUGCGCUUGAGACUGAGACAUCGUACUACUACGUAACCCGUCAUGUGUCACUGAAAUAACACGAGCAGUUAUGUCAGAAUGAUUGCCAUUUCUUCAGCAGGAUGGCUUUUUUAAUUUUGUUUGCUUGUUUAUCUUCCUUCAGCCUCCCCAGAUGGGUUCCAUGGCCAUGAUGAACCAGCCCACCAUGAUGUACAGCCAACCGGUCAUGAGGCCGGCCAACCCCUUUGGCCAGGCCCCAGCAGCACAG